AUGUCUAAAUCAAAAGGGAUGACAAUGGGCCUUACUAACCGAAGCGGAUUUCCUAGAAGAACAAACGACACUACUAGGCUCAUUAUUACAGCACUUCUAGGAGUUAUCUUUGGAUUUUUUAUUGGUGUCUCAUUUCCGUCCGAUUCCCUUUCUAAGAUUAAUUUCCCCUCUGGGUUCAGAAGUCGUUAUGAUUCAGCGUCAAUAGAUGCAAGAAGAUCUAACACAGGCGAACCUGAAAAUCGUGAGUCGUACAACAUCCCCAAGAUUUAUGUUCCAACAAAUCCCCGUGGUGCAGAGUCAUUGCCUCCAGGAAUCGUUGAGGCAGAAACUGACCUUUACUUGCGGCGAUUAUGGGGUGAACCUAGUGAGGAUCUCAAGAAGAAGCCAAAGUACUUGGUGUCCUUUACAGUUGGUUGGAAUCAGAGGCAUAACAUAGAUGCAGCAGUUAGAAAGUUUUCAGAUGAGUUCACAAUUGUUCUUUUCCACUAUGAUGGCCGGGCUACUGAAUGGGAUGUGUUUGAGUGGUCAAAAACUGCGAUUCAUAUCAGUGUGAAAAGGCAAACGAAAUGGUGGUAUGCUAAAAGAUUUUUGCACCCAGAUGUUAUUGCGUCAUAUGAAUAUAUCUUCAUAUGGGAUGAGGAUCUUGGAGUUGAACAUUUUAAUGCAGACAAAUACAUUCACUUGGUUAAAAAGCAUGGGCUAGAGAUCUCUCAACCAGGUCUUGAGCCCAAUAAUGGUCUCACAUGGCAGAUGACAAAACGGAGAGGUGACCGCGAAGUUCACAAGGAUACAGAGGAGAAACCAGGCUGGUGCAGUGACCCACAUUUACCUCCAUGUGCUGCCUUUGUGGAAAUCAUGGCGCCUGUGUUUUCUCGUAAAGCUUGGCGAUGUGUGUGGCAUAUGAUCCAGAAUGAUUUGGUCCAUGGAUGGGGAUUGGAUUUUGCUCUGAGAAGAUGUGUAGAGCCUGCACAUGAGAAAAUCGGGGUCGUCGAUUCACAGUGGAUCGUACAUCAAGUAAUUCCCUCUCUGGGGAGCCAGGGCAAAUCUGAGAAUGGAAAGGCUCCUUGGGAAGGGGUGAGAGCAAGGUGUAAGAGCGAAUGGUCCAUGUUCCAGGAACGCCUGCUCCGUGCUGAUAAAGCGUACUUCUUGAGCAGCACGAGCCGAUCUGCGACUGCUGAUAAGCAAUACGUGGCUCGCUUAAAGGGGGUUAAAAACUGA